CAUUCCACCACCAACCACCACCCCGAUCCAACCCACGCCGAACCUCCGCGCACCCCGUGGCUCCCAACACCACCACCAACUGCAAAACAGAAAACAAAUCCCCAAACCCCGGCGCAAAGCAGCCCACACCACCGGCGGCGGCAGCGGCCUCGGCGAGCAGGGCCAGCGCGCUCGGACGGCCAGAGGGUUAAAAGUGUAGAUUGGAUUUCACCCCGGGAAAUCUAGCACGCCGUGUGAACUUGAAUCUUUGGCUAUUUAAGGAGGACUGGGUUUGUUGUGAAGUUGCGGUGAGCCAGCGCAGAGCCCUGUCCUGAUUGAUCGCAUCGCGGGGCACAGAUGACUGUAAAAUGAAUAGAUGAAAUUCUCGCUUCUCGAAGAUUUUCUUGGGCAUCUCCCGGCAAGUGCGUCGUAAGGCGAAGUCAUGAUGUAUUCUCCCAUCUGUCUUACUCAGGAUGAAUUUCACCCAUUCAUCGAGGCACUUCUUCCACACGUCCGUGCAAUCGCCUAUACUUGGUUCAACCUGCAGGCUCGGAAACGCAAGUACUUUAAAAAGCACGAGAAGCGAAUGUCAAAGGAUGAAGAAAGAGCAGUGAAAGAUGAGCUUCUCAGUGAAAAGCCUGAAAUCAAACAGAAGUGGGCAUCCAGGCUCCUGGCCAAACUGCGCAAAGAUAUCCGCCAGGAGUACCGAGAGGACUUUGUGCUCACCGUGACUGGCAAGAAGCACCCGUGCUGUGUCUUAUCCAAUCCUGACCAGAAGGGUAAGAUUAGGAGAAUCGACUGCCUGCGACAGGCAGACAAAGUCUGGCGUCUGGAUCUAGUCAUGGUGAUCCUGUUCAAAGGCAUCCCCUUGGAAAGUACCGAUGGAGAGCGGCUCAUGAAAUCCCCACAUUGCACAAACCCAGCACUUUGUGUCCAGCCACAUCAUAUCACAGUAUCAGUUAAGGAGCUUGAUUUGUUUUUGGCAUACUACGUGCAGGAGCAAGAUUCUGGACAAUCAGGAAGUCCAAGCCACAAUGAUCCUGCCAAGAAUCCUCCAGGAUACCUUGAGGAUAGUUUUGUAAAAUCUGGAGUCUUCAACGUGUCAGAACUUGUGAGGGUUUCCAGAACGCCUAUAACCCAGGGAACUGGAGUCAACUUCCCAAUUGGAGAAAUCCCGAGCCAACCAUACUAUCAUGACAUGAACUCGGGAGUCAAUCUUCAGAGGUCGCUGUCUUCUCCGCCAAGCAGCAAAAGACCCAAGACAAUAUCCAUAGAUGAAAAUAUGGAACCAAGUCCUACAGGAGACUUUUACCCCUCUCCGAAUUCACCAGCUGCUGGAAGUCGAACAUGGCAUGAAAGAGAUCAAGAUAUGUCUUCUCCAACUACUAUGAAGAAGCCUGAAAAGCCGUUGUUCAGCUCGACAUCUCCACAGGAUUCUUCCCCCAGACUGAGCACUUUCCCCCAGCACCACCACCCCGGAAUUCCUGGAGUUGCACACAGCGUCAUCUCAACUCGAACUCCACCUCCACCCUCACCGUUGCCAUUUCCGACACAAGCUAUCCUUCCUCCAGCCCCAUCGAGCUACUUUUCUCAUCCAACAAUCAGAUAUCCUCCCCACCUGAAUCCUCAGGAUACUCUGAAGAACUAUGUACCUUCUUAUGACCCGUCCAGUCCGCAGACCAGCCAGCCUAACAGCAGUGGUCAAGUAGUAGGGAAAGUGCCUGGCCAUUUCACUCCUGUCUUGGCUCCCUCUCCCCAUCCCAGUGCAGUGCGACCUGUGACCCUGACCAUGACAGAUACUAAACCCAUCACUACAUCCACUGAAGGUGAGGCAGCUUCACCUACAGCAACCACCUACACAGCCUCAGGCACAUCUCAAGCCAAUCGAUAUGUGGGACUAAGCCCAAGAGACCCAUCCUUCCUACAUCAGCAACAGCUGAGGAUUUGUGACUGGACCAUGAAUCAAAACGGCAGGCAUUUAUACCCCAGUACCAGUGAGGAUACAUUGGGAAUUACUUGGCAAAGUCCUGGUACCUGGGCUAGCUUGGUUCCUUUCCAAGUAUCAAAUAGGACACCCAUCCUACCGGCAAAUGUCCAAAAUUACGGUUUGAACAUAAUUGGAGAACCUUUCCUUCAAGCAGAAACGAGCAACUGAGGGAAAAUGAAAUACAACAAUAGUUUAAGAAACUAAAAAAAAAAAGGAAAAGAGGAAGACUGGACAAAACAAAAACAAAAACAAAAAAAAAAGGGGGAGAGAGGAAAGAAACUGAAGAAAGAAGAUAAUAGACCAGCAAUUGCAGCACUUACAAUCACUAAUUCCCUUAAGGUUGAAACUGUAAUGACAUAAAAAGGGUCGAUGAUAUUUCACUGAUGGGUAGAUCGCAGCCCCUGCAACGUAGCCUUUGUUACAUGAAGUCCGCUGGGAAAUAGAUGUUCUGUCUCUAUGACAAUAUAUUUUAACUGACUUUCUAGAUGCCUUAAUAUUUGCAUGAUAAGCUAGUUUUAUUGGUUUAGUAUUCUUGUUGUUUACGCAUGGAAUCACUAUUCCUGGUUAUCUCACCAACGAAGGCUAGGAGGCGGCGUCAGAGGGGCUGGAUGACAAGGGCCUUUGAGCCAGCCAUUUUAUAAGCACUCUGAUUUCUAAAAGUUAAAAAAAAAAAAAAUAUGAAAUCUCUGUAGCCUUUAGUUAUCAGUACAGAUUUAUUAAAUUUGGCCCUUAACCCAGCCUUUCCCAGUGUGUAACCCAGUUUGAAAUCUUAAAAAAAAAAAAAGAAAAAAAAAGGAAAAAAGAAAAAAAAAAAGGAAAAAAAAUAACAGUUUGAACACAAAGGCUCUAUGGAAGAAAUGCCUCUAUGUAGGUGAAGUCUUAUCUCUGCAUGCAACAGUAAAAAUUAAUAUAAUAUUUUCCCCACAAAAGAAACACUUAACAGAGGCAAGUGCAAUUUAAAAAUUUAUAUCUAAAGGGGAACCAUGAUUAUAAGUCCUUCAGCCCUUGGACUCUAAAUUGAGGGGAUUAAAAAGAAUUUAAAAUAAUUUUGAACGAAUUUAUUUUCCCCUCAGUUUUUGAGGGCAUUAAACAGGCAUUAAAUCAAGACAAAUCAUGUGCUUGAGGAAAAAAAAAAAUUAAUGAAAACACAGCACUUAUGUUGGUUUAGCUGCAGCCUCCUUGGAGGUAGAAUUUAUUUAUUUAAAAUUACUGGUUGCAUCAAGAACCCAUAGGGUAUACAAAAGGUUCUAUAAAAUCUGCAUUCUAGAGACAAAGAGGCAGGCAUAUCCAUGUCACAAGGGGUAAAGCUUACAGUUUACAAACUGGGAACGCCAGGGUGUAGGAUAUAAAAAACGCACUCUUGAGAAAACAAACGUAAUCAGGGUGCUGAAAACUUGCAUGGUGCUUUCAGACAUUAGCCUUGUUCAACACAUUUCUUGUAUUGACAGAUCUGUAGUGUGCAUGGGCAGACACAUUUUUGCCUCUAUGUCUCUUAAAAUUUUAAUUAAAAAUACUCUUUCCAGUAAUCCUGAUUUGCACGAAGAUAUAAUGUCCACAUUACGUGCCUUGCCUUGAAAUCUAAAAAAAAAAAAAACCACAAAAACACAAAAAAAGUGACAUCACUACACUUGUUUUGCUGCAUUUAUUAUCAUUUUAAAUCUUUACCAUUUUUAUGACAGACUAUUUUGUACUCCAGACGAAGAAAAAUGUGUGACAUCAUGGAUUUUUUAGACAGUUGUACCUUUAUCUCACAUUUAUAAAGCAUAUCAUGGCUGUGUAUAGUUGCCGCUUAAAAAUUGUAAUCGACCAGCAAUAUUUUCAGUAUUUUGGUGUUUUUUCUAUUAACCUUUCAUGUUUUUCAUCUUCCAAUUAAUAUUUGGGGGGGAGGGGUUUCAAAUUUAUACGAAUUAUGCAAUACCAAGUUUUGCCUAUGUAGGUAGUGCUUUUAGCUGUAUUGGUUAUUAUAGGUAAGUACACAGAUUUAAAAAAAAAAAUAAUGUAUGCUUUUUUUGUUUGUUUGUUUGUUUGUUUUAAUUGACCAAAGUGGGUACUGCUAUUUUUGCAGUGUGAUGAGGUCCUUUUGUGUACUGAGAGACGGACAGGGGAUUUUUUUUAAUAUACAUAUAUAUAUAUUCUGGGGUGGGUGGGAGGAUUUUUAACACUUUACAGUGUAGCUGUGAAGCAGUGCACCCUGAGAUGGGCUUGACCUGCAAAGCAACUGUUCUGCCUACUGUGACAAACUUCAGCCAACACAGGUUCCCCCUCUCUAACUUCCCACCUGGGGUGCAAGCUGAACUCGUUUCUGGUUUCCACAAUGACAAAAAUCCUGAGAACAAGCAAACUGAACGAAUUCUCGUGGAGGCAGUCUUGGCUUCAGGAAAUUGUCUUUUCUUGGUGGUGGUGGUAGCAUUUUUUCAAAGUUUCUGCAUCCACUGUUGAGAGUGAGCCUGUCUCAUAUUUGGCAGAGAUAUUUGUCUGAAAGUCCACAUAACAGGUGUUUCACACUUUUGUGGCUUGACUAGUAGCCUAAAGGUUGGCAGUUCUAGCCCACCCAGAGGCACCUCAGAAGACAGGCCUGGCAGUCUGCUUCCUAAAGGUCACACCCUAUGGAGCAGUUCUAUUCUGCACACAAAGGGUCCCCAUGAGUUGGAACGUACUCCAUGGCAACUAACGAUAACAACAACAAGGCUUUCUCCUUUCUCUCACACAACAUGUCACCCCAGCUAGAGGGAGUGUGUCCAUAUUUUUCCGGCCACUUUUCUUCCCUAUUUUUCAUUUCAUCGAUACAUAGUGUGUCAUUUACCUGUGACUUACUGCUUCACCUGGAUAGCAGCAUGCUUGAAAUUUUUUUUUUUCCUUUUUUUGAACAUCCAGAAGAUAGAACUGAGGGUUGUAAUUAUUGAAUGUAUUUGGACUUAUGAUUAAAAUCAAAGUUCAGCUUUUAUGGAAAAAAAACAAAAAACUUUGAUAAGUUUUUAUUCUACCUGCCCCUUUAAACCGAGAACCCAAGCCAAAAGGGAAGAUAGAAUUUUAAGAAAUUAGUUGUCUGGUUGAAUUAAGCCCAUUAGAUGCUGUUGGAAAUGUUAAGGGAUGGCACCUAAAAUUACAGAUUUGAUUUUGCUUCCCCUGAGGGGUUGACAGUGAAUAGAAGCUGGAUUUAUUUUGCCUCUGCCCCCUAGCCCGAUUGAAUGAAUUCAUUACUACUAGAAGGGAAAUCUUUCAGAAUUAGUGACACACGGUAGGCUGUCUUGAGGAAUCCCUUUACCCCCUUCCCCAGGCCAUGGCCUAAUGAAAUAAACUGUCAGUUGUUCUAACAACAUAUCAUUUAAUAAUGAAUACUUUAGAACAAUGCUAAUGGGCCAGAGAAUUGUAUUUGAUUAGCCCAUUCACUUUGAUAGCCCAAAUGCUGAAUGGUACAGCAGUGCACGUUCAAAAGUAAGUCCAGUCAUUUCUGUGAUACUUGCCCUGGCAGAAAACAGAUCAUCUCAGCCAAGUUCUUCGUGUAUCUCUGACCCAUUAGGUGAACAAAUCAGUCUCACAGGACACACAGGAUUUUUUUAAGAGCAGACUCACUCCCUUUUUUUUGCCAGCGAAUGAGCAGUUCUAGCUAAUAAAUUACACACUGUGGGUUUUCCUGCCUGCCUCUUGAAUACAAAGUCCCAGUUCAAGUGUUGUAGUUGGUUUUUUUUUUUUAAAUCAAUUUUUCUCUUUUCCUUUUGAGAGGAAACUAUUAAAAAUACUACUAUAUAUAUAUAUAUAAUCUGACAUUCAUUUUUCGGCCUCCUCCUCUUCUAUCAGGAAGUAUCUUCUGACUAAGGGCCCCGCCUUUGCAGGUCUUGCACGCCCCUCCCUUUCCCAGAACUGCAGAGCUUCAGGACGGUGAAGGUCACCCAAGGGCAUCCACGUGGGUUUGUGGCUGAGCCACCCGCUUCCAGGGCACUGUUCAGCCUCUGUUGUGUUGCUUUUCAGCCCACCACUUGCAGUGCCUGUGAACCAUGUUUUCCUUGGAGUGACGUGAGCGUUUGAGGCUUGUCUAAGGAAAAAAAAAAAAAAAAAGGCAGUGAAGGAGACUGUACAUAAAGACAUGGCAAAAAUCUUAAUUAUAGCAAUAUAGUUACGGGGUAAUGUUCGGGUGGGCAGCUCCAUUAAAAAAAAAUAUGUGAAUGAAUCUGUGAAGCUGCAAGAACAGAAGAGCGAAAGGUCUUCUUAAUGAACCGCCUACCUUGUAGACAGUAAUUUGUACACUGUAUAGUUUUGUUAAGAAUUUUUUUUUUAAAUUAAAGUUCCCAUGUUUGUAAAGCUAACUUUUUAACAAUUAUAAUGGAACUAUAUGUUGUUUCCAUUUUUAAAGUAAACAAGAAUAUUCCUUGUUUAGAGACUGGACUUGAGUUAAAACUCUCCAGUCUCUUAAGUUAUGUAUUAAAAAAAAAAAAAAAUCUGUCCAUGUUAGGAGUUAUUUCACAGAUUCCUGUGCUUGAAAAGCGUAGGACACUAAUCCUUUAAAAAAUAAAAAAAAAAAGUGUAAAUGGAGAAAAGUUAUAUUUUAUGAAGGUUAUUUUGUUGUAUUUAGUAUUGGAAAAGUUGGUUUUCAGAGCAUUUCAGAAUGUCGGAAGCACCACUGUCUUUUUAUUAGUAUAUACGGCCUUUAGCAAAAGUUUUUGUGAUUGUUACGUGAUGGUAUUUAAGGGUAAGUUUCACAGAGCAUUCAGGAUAGGCAGAAAAGGAAAACAGUGCUAUGUCUCACAUAAUGUGUCCUCAGGGAGCAGAAUCUUGGAUUUGUGACUUGUAGCUUCAUAAGGACUCAACGAAAGAGAUUGCACAGGGACACCUUCAGCGGAAUGACACCAGGACACGUUCUUUACCUAGAUGCAGAAUUCUAUGUACUGUGUGAAACGAUGAAGGCUGCAGAAAGUUAUCCCAUAUUCAGUGUACAGUAUUCAUUUUUAAUGAAACAACUCUACAAUAUUGCUGGCAGAUAGGCCCCAAGCAUGACAUUCAAUAGAGUUUACAUGUUCCUGCCAAGGUCUUUUGUUAACAUGAACCAGCUGCAUGCUUCCUGGACUUUAAAAAAUUUGGGUUUCUAUAGAAAACUUUUUUCUUUUUUUAAUGUGCAGGCUAUUCAAGUUCAAGAGUAAAAGCUCAAAAUUGAAUGUUCUACUCCAUGCCGAAGGAGCUGAAAGCUGCCUUCUUCAUAUUUUGCACUUUCUGGUAGUUCCCCUGUUUUUUCUAAUUCCUGAAGAUUGUGUGGGUGGGGUGGAGCGCUGCAGUUGGGGGAUAACAUGGACCACUGAUUUUGCCCUUUGACCCUGCACAAUGACCUUUGCAUCAGCCAAACUCAUUGCCAUGACAACUCUUUGUACUGUGUCCGUGCCACAGAUCUGUUGGUCGCAUUGUUAAUAGUGAAGGGGACAAGUUGGAGACGGUCAAUUUUUACAUUUUUUGUUGCAAUCUUUUCUUCAAUGGUUGUAAGUAGUUUCUUUUUUUUUUUUUUUAAAGUAAUAAAAGGGUUCACUAGUUACUACUCUUUAGAAAUA